GGGCAUUGCAAUAAAAACAGGCAAUCUUCUUUAUUAUGAGGAAAUAAACAAACGAAUAAUAUCUCCGGAAGGGAUUUGAUGCAAGAUUGGAAUAUUUCAAAAUGUAGAAGACUACCCCUAAAAUUAUAAAGUAAUAAAGUACUGGAAAAAUGAAAUUAGAAGUUUAACAAGACUGGAAAGGAAUAUUCCAAUCCGAGGCUUCAAACUUAGAGAACUAUUUAAAGAUAUGGGCUAUAUUGUAUGAAAUUAAACAUAACAUCAAUAAGAAAGCUUAAGAGAGUUGGUCGUAAAAGAAUGGAAGGAAAGUUGAUGAAGAUAGGACCAGUAGGGAAGCAUGAUGCUAGAAGCACAACAAUUGUUAACUGGGAUGAAGGAAGUCACAAUGGCAUCCUCUCUCAGAUCUUUAUAUCUCAUAAUGCCUCAGGAAUCAUGUCUAUUCAGUUCCAGUUCGUGGUAGACGGAAAGUUUGUUUUAUCCGACUGUCACGGUCCAGGUUUGGGCAACAUGUUUGACGUUAUAGAGCUGACCUAUCCGCACGAGUUCAUAAUUGGAAUAAGUGGAGAGUGUUACAAAUACGAAGGUAGCAAUCCUCACAUAAGAUCUCUCAAAUUCACUACCAACACUAGUGAAUACGGUCCUUUUGGUACCUCCAGUUCCAGCAACGAAAAAUUCUCGUUUAAACUCGGGAGAUCUCCUCAGCUUGGCGGUUUCCAUGGGACUUACGAUGCAUCCGGACUACAGUACAUCGGUUUUUACCUCAGGCCUAAAACAGUUCAACCCAAAAUAGAUAAAAGCAAUGCAAAAGUACUGGAGUCAAAGAUUGUCUUGGGCUAAUAAUAUUUUUUUACUGAAUGUUCACUAUGAACAAACGAUAAUCAAAAUUAUACAUGAAUACAUAUGAAAAUGUCGCUAUAAAUAAAUAAAUUAAUGUAUGGUUCCAUGCAUGAGGAAUAUAGUGUUUUAAUUGAGAAACA